UAUGUAAGUAAUUUAAUUGGCAAUAAACAGAUUUUUGGAUAAGCCUUCUGAUUUCAGUUUUCCAUCUGAACCCUGUUCAUGCUUACUUGGGCAGUAAUCCUGUUUCUCUUGCCAGAAUUGACAAAGGUCUGACUGUUAGUGAUACCUUUCAGAACUAAAUUUACUCCAGAGUGACAGAGGCAGGUGGACACAGGGCAUCCAGCCACUUGUGCAAAGCAUCAUGCUACUAUAGGUCAACAUCGAGAGGGGAAAAAGACGCUGUCUUCAGAGUUGAAACAGAUCGAAGCAAGCUCAUCCCGAAGAGGGGGGUUUCUCUUCAAAGCCAGCUGGUCUGGCUUUAUCGUUAGGAUUUUUUUUUUUUUACCUGCACCGUUUGAUCAGCCGACUCUGCAGCAGGUGCUGCAGAGCAUAGAAAGGAAAGAAAGACAUUGGGUGUCAAAGAAGUUGGAGCUGUUAAAGAAACUUUAAUUCGUUUUCAAGAAGGGGAAAAUUGAGGUCGAGGACGCAACAUUGUCGAGGUUUGUGCGCAGGGACAGAUGAAAGAAUCUGUGAAGUGAAUGAAGUGAAAAGUGAGAAGAAGGACUGGUAUUGAGAAAGAGGGAGUGAGUCAAAGUCAGAGGUACAGGAUUUAAAGAGAGGAGAGAAGAAAAGUAAUAAGGAUGGGGAGAAAAAAGAUUCAGAUCACUCGGAUCAUGGAUGAACGAAACAGACAGGUGACAUUUACAAAGAGGAAGUUUGGGUUAAUGAAGAAGGCUUAUGAGUUAAGUGUUCUAUGCGACUGUGAGAUUGCUCUGAUCAUCUUUAACAGCACCAAUAAACUAUUCCAGUAUGCCAGCACCGACAUGGACAAAGUACUGCUGAAAUACACAGAAUACAACGAGCCACAUGAGAGUCGAACAAAUUCGGAUAUUGUCGAGACAUUGAGAAAGAAGGGACUAAAUGGGUGUGACAGCCCAGACCAAGACGCAGACGAUUCAGUGGGUCACAGCCCUGAGUCUGAUGAGAAGUGCAGAAAAAUAAAUGAAGAUAUUGAUCUAAUGAUCAGCAGGCAAAGAUUGUGUGCUGUUCCUCCACCUAAUUUUGAGAUGCCAGUUUCAAUCCCAGUGUCCAACCAAAACAGCCUCAUUUACAGCAGCCCAGUGGGCUCCAUGGGUAACCACAACCUAAUGUCAUUGGGCCAUCCUUCUCUGCAGAGGAACAGCAUGUCUCCUGGAGUGACACAACGACCACCGAGCGCUGGAAACGCAGGUGGCCUCCUGGGUGGGGACCUUACAACAACUGGUGCAGGCACCAGUGCAGGAAAUGGGUAUGGAAAUCCCCGCAAUUCGCCAGGUCUGCUGGUCUCACCUGGCAGCAUGAACAAGAACAUGCAAACCAAGUCGCCCCCUCCUAUGAAUUUGGGAAUGAACAACCGAAAACCUGACCUCAGGGUUCUCAUCCCACCUGGUUCAAAGAAUAUGCCAUCUGUGUCUGAGGAUGUUGAUUUAUUACUGAAUCAGAGAAUAAAUAACUCGCAGGCUGCACAGUCAUUGGCUACGCCAGUGGUCUCUGUAGCGACACCUACUAUGGCUGGUCACGGGAUGGGAGGAUAUCCUUCAGCUAUCUCCACCACAUAUGGUACUGAAUAUUCCCUCAGUAGUGCUGACUUAUCAUCUCUCACUGGGUUUAAUGCCAAUGCACUCCACCUGGGUUCAAUGACAGGUUGGCAGCAACAUCAGCUUCAGAAUAUGCAGCAUUCGGCUCUGAGUCAGCUGGGAGUUUGUACUAGCACUCACUUAUCUCAGAGUUCAAAUCUCUCCCUGCCUACUACUCAAAGCCUCAACAUCAAGUCAGAACCUGUUUCUCCUCCUAGAGACCGCACCCACACGCCCUUGGGAUAUCCACAGCACUCAAGGCUGGACGCAGGGCGAUCUCCAGUGGAUAGUCUGAGCAGUUGUAGCAGUUCCUACGACGGAAGCGACAGAGAGGAUCACCGGAAUGACUUCCACUCCCCCAUCGGACUUACAAGACCUUCGCCAGACGAAAGGGAAAGUCCAUCCGUCAAGCGCAUGAGGCUGUCUGAGGGAUGGGCAACAUGAUAAGAUUCUUCAGUAAUCUAUUUUUUUCUUGCAGUGUGUGUGUGCGCUACAUUACAGGGCAGGGAGGGAGGGGGGAGUUCUACAUUAUAUGUGCCGUGUGUGAAACAUAAGUCGGGUACUCUGUUUUGUAAAAGUACUUUUAACUUGCCUCAGUGAUAUAAAGUAACGUAAUUUGCUGAGAUAACAGCUUUAGCACUUGAGCUGUACAAAGAAAAACCUUGUACAAUGUAGAUUUAACUGCUAACUCUUUUUCAUUGCUGUGCUCCCUUGCAAAAUGUAUGUUACAAUAGAUAGUGUCAUGUUGCAGGAUCAACGUAUUUACAUGUAAAUAGCAGAUUAAAAGGAAACGUUUGCCAGAACUGGCGGAUCUUUGCUGAAAGAAAAAGAGCAGCUGUUGCAACAAAAUCAAAAAAAUAUAUAUAUGUAUAGGUGGUUGACAGACCCAGAAAUAUUGGUGAUCAUUUUCAACAAAACAAAUUGGUCCACUGACAUCUCUACACAUACUAAUGAAAAAGGCAUAUCAGUAGAGUUUGACACUCAAUACCAUGGAUCAGUCAUUCAAAAGAGAACCAUCCUGUGGCAAGAAUGGAGCAUCGUUAAUAUGUGGUAAAGUCCAAAUUCUGGGUCAGUUUAACAUUUUAAGUGGAUUUAAAAAAAGAUGUACAUUACAUUUUGCUUAUAUUUUCAUAUGAAAGCAAGAAAAAAGUUUGCAAAGCAUUUGUGGCUUUUUGUAGUUACCUAAGCCAAAAUGUUUUUUUCUUUUCUUUCCUGAUAGCUUUGCCGGUAUUUUAAACAGUCCUAAAAAUAAUGGAAAUGGGCUCUUCAUAUGGAAGCACUACCAUAAGCCAUGAAAAAAGCUCCAUGCUUUGCUAACCAAGAUAACUGUUUUCUCUUUGUAGAGUUUUGCUUUUUAAUUGUGUAUUUCUAAGUAUAUAAAAAUAAUAUUAAGAAAAUCUUUUAAAAUCUGUGAAAUUAACAUGCUUGUGUAUAGCUUUCUAAUAUAUAUUAAUUAUGGUCAUAGCAAACAUUGUUUUGGUUAUCUUAUUAGUGGGGGGGGGGGGAUGUAUUUGUGCAAAUGCACGUUUAAGUAACUGAAUUCUUAGGUCUCUUCUGCACUCUUUUUGCAGAAUCAAAGUUGGCUGUGUUCAGUAUAACGAGGUUAACCAGUUGGGAAGAUAGAUUUAGUAUGUAUUCUAAAUUUUGCUACUAUUUAGGAGUUUAAAACGUAGAAAGGAGUGGGGCUGCCUCUCAUUUUUGGGUACUUGGUUAUUUCAGCUGAAUCCAGGUGUUGAGGCUAAUUUUGCUGCAUUGCAUCUGGCUAUGAAUUUGUAGCUGUGACCAUUGUGCAGAUCUAAUGCUGAUCUAUUCUUGACCCUGGUCAGAAUAUUUGGCACAAUUAGUUUAUUUGAAUUUAUAGCUUUUCUAAUCAGAUUUUUUUGAAUCUGAAGAAUAAAUGGAUAUUUGUCACCAAUAUAUUAUUUUUUUUCCCCAUGAAAUGUAUGUUUUUAAAGAUUGUAAAAGAAAAUAUAACAUCUAUUGAUCAUAGCCCUUGACCACAACACAAUUAUAAUUGACUUCAUUGAUUGAUUUUUUUUUCAUUUUGUUCUGUAACAGGUCCAUCUAAUGUCAAAUGAUAUUUGGAAGCUAACUCAAACUUAGCAUUUCAAUCCCAGUUAGCUUUUUGUGUCUUCACAUCUUCAUUGUAGUGCAUGUGUGUGUUAUUAAAAAAAAAAGACAAUUCUCAUGAAUGACUCAGUAUAUAUAUGAAUGUCAGGCAGCCACAUAUUCCUAACAGUAUUUUAAUUAAGCAACUUUUUCAAACUUAAAUGACUGAUUUAAUAGUAAAUCAAAUAGCAUAAUAUCAUUCUACAGCAGAUCAAUUGCCACAAUUUUUAAGAAAGUGAAUUGAAAAGCACAAUGUCAUUCAUAAUUGGUCACUCCUCUCUGUACCUACAACCCUCCAUUCAUUGUUAUCCAAGUGUUAUAAUGUUGCUGUUUGUUUAACCACAGAGCUAUUUCUGAGUUAGCACAUAAUUAUACAGUACUGUGGUUUUAAGAAUUAUUGGGGCAGAGCCCCUUAUAUAUUCUCAUUUACUUACACAACCUGUUGGCUAACUGAUUUUAGGCAAUGUUCUGUACUGCGAGGCAAAAAAAAAAAUGUCAGUGGCACUUUCUUGGGGGCACUUAAGUUAUUUUCUGUUUUAUAGAACUCAUGAACAUCAAAAAGCUUGUUACUAUUCUGUGCAGAAGUGAGAGCAAAAUCAUUUACUGAUACCUUGAUGUUUGCAAUACAUUACUGCUGCCAGUAACUUGAGUUGAGAUAUCAGAGCCAGAAGAUGUCAUAUAGAAAGAGCUGAGAUAAUGAAAAUAUCAGCAAACCAGAUCAGUUUUGACAGAAUAUUCUGCAAAAUCCACUAUUCUACCUCUAAAGGACAGAAUUUUAUGAUAAGUGGGGUGCCCCAAUGUUGCCGAAAAUAUUUAAACACCCUGAUAAAUGUUCACACCAUCAAAAUAAACAGCAUUUAGAAAAGGUAUUCUUCAGAAGAAAAUCAGCUAUAUGAGUCCGUUCAGUAUAUUAUAAUUUUGAAAGUUUAUUUUUUGAAGUCUGACAAUAUAUUUAUUUAUAGUUGGCCAUUGAAAUAGUCGUCUUUUACAUAAAAACCAAGCAAGAAAUGGACUUUAAAUAUACGCCACCACUGUCAUUUCCGUUGACUAUGCUUUGAAGGUCUGGUUCUUCGAGAAGACACUUACCAAUUAAAACAAAAGUGUUCUUGUAGUAACCACUUACUUGCUCAAAGAAGACAAUUGUCUAAAACAAAAUGAAAUGUGAGUGCUUCAACUUUUAUUGUUUGUGGCAUCCACAGUAUAUAUUCUGGCAUUUAUCAUCUGAAUCCGGUUUCCUGCCACAACAGAGUUCUGGAAAGACUGAUCAAAUAUUUAUUUCGUCUAUUUAGUGUGCUUCAAGUGCAGAGUAAUGAUAAAGGCUUUUGUUAAUAUUUUAACCAAAGAUGUGGAGCAAUCCAGUUUAGCCAUCAUUUUGCAAAAUAUGCUUUUUCUAAUUGUUUUCUGUUUUCCUUUGUUCAGGUAUAUAUACUUUCCCUAAUCAUACCUCAAAUUCAUCCAUACCUCAAAACAGAUUAAAGAGGUCGGUUAAUUAGCCAUUGAAAUACGGUACUGGUGCUCUCUAUAUGAAGGAAUGUUGUUUAAGCUGUAACCCUGGAUUGCUUUAGAAGGACUAAUAUAAUUGACCUGAAACAUACUUGGAUUGCUCCAGCUGGUUUGCUGUUAUUUUUUCUGAGGAUUUGUUUUCAUUAUACAAUAGUAAUACAAAAUGAUUGCUUGUAAAUGGGGUGGGGGGUGGGGGGGGGGGAAUGUGGACGUUAGCAGCAAAAAUAAAGAGGCUCACAGCGGCAUAAGCUGGACUUUGUCGCCACUUGAUGACAAAAAGAUGUUAAUAACUAAGUUAACUACAUCUAUGUAUCUCAAGGGACUUAAUUCAGCUGUCUGUAGUGAAAAUUUUUAUGGGAAAAUUCAAGUUUUUCUCGCUGGAAAUAAGGUAUAAUUUGUAUUCUGCAGACAAAUCAGUAAAGUUACUGGCUUUCAUAGUGA